AUGAUGCCGAGGCGGCUGCAGCAGUGGCAGUCGCAGGAAAACAUGGAAAACAAACACAACGGUGGUGGGCUACCUGAGGCACCAACGACUACGUCAGUGUCAGCAACCGUGUGCGAAGCCAAUGCUGGAGCGACGACGGUGGUGCUGUUGUUGCUGUUGGACUUUAUUCUUGGCUGCCUAACGUGGGAUCCGGCCGAUCGCCUGACACCGGACGAGGCCAAGUGCCACCCGUACAUUGCGUCGUACUUUAAGGGUGACGUCGCGCAGGGUGAUGCGACGACGUCACUGCCGACAACGUACUGCAUUGGAACAUUGUACCUGCGCACGCACGAACUCACACGCGGUGCCACAGGAAUUUUGGAAGUUGCAGGGAAGGUGUGUGCCCACCACCGCUGCGCCACGGGGUCAUUAAUGGCUGCGCUGCAGCCCUUGACGCAGUUGGAUGUGGGCCUUGCCGUCCAACCACUGCGCCGCUUUGCGACGCCGCUGCGUGUCUCUAUCAGACCUCUGCGGGCACCACAGAGGGCGGCGGGGAAUGCCCGCAAGAGUACACAGCAAACUUUUGCCACCCGAUCGAGCAUGUUCAGGUGUCCAUCUUGUCUCUCGAGGAGUGCUGAGACUGCCGCCUCCCCUGGAGGACGGAGUCGGGGCGGAGAACUGCAGUUCGCUAUGUGUGAAGCCCCUGCAACAACAGAAACAAAAAGAAAAAUACAUAUAGACAGAUAUUUAUUUAUAAAAAGAAGAAUACUAAAAGGAAUUGUAUUGAAUGGGGGAAAGCAGGUGGGGUAG